AUGGCUGUUGAGGCCGUGAUACUUGCAGUAAUUGGGUGGUUCUUGGCACCAAUUAUUGCCAAAGGUAUGCAGUUCAUGAUGACAAGCAAGAGCAAACAACCAUCACUUGGAACUCAUCAAAUCACAGCUCAAAAUCAAUGUACCUGCCGCCCCCCUGAAACCCAUAUCAUCUCUCGGAAGUCAACUGAUAUGAAUCAAGAAGGUAUCCAAAAAACACAAGAUCAACAUAGCAUCUUGCCGGCCAGUACUAUCACCAACUCUCAAAAUUCGAUUUGUCAUUGUCACCACCGUCUUCAUCAAGAAGUAUCCGAAACAACAGAAAAUCAACAUAGCAGCUCGUUCCAGACUUUCAUCAACUCUCAGAUUCGUCAAUUGUCAUCUUCAUCUUCAUCUUCAUCAGGAAGUAUCAGAACAACAGAAAAUCAACAUAGUAGCUCGUUCCAGACUCUCACCAACUCUCAUAUUCGUCAAUUGUCAUCUUCAUAUUCAUCAGGAAGUAUCCAGACCAGCAUCUCGCCGAACACUAUCAUCAACUCUCAGGAGUCGAUUUAUCAGUUGUCACUGCCAUCUUUGUCAAGAAGAAGACUCCGAAGAACACAAAAUCAACAUAGCAUCUCGCCAGACACUCUCAUCAACUCUCAGAAGUCAAUUAGUCAAUUGUCAUCUUCAUCUUCAUCAGGAAAUAUUCGGACAACACAAAAUCAACAUAACAUCUCAAAAGACACUCUCAUCAAAUCUCAGAAGUCAAUUCGUCAGUUAUUAUCUCCUUCGUCUUCAUCAGGAAGUAUCCAGACCACACAAAAUCAACAUAGCACCUCACUACAGGCUCUAAUCAACUCUCUGAAUCGUCAAUUGUCAUCUUCGUCUUCAUCAAAAAGUAUCCGAACAACAGAAAAUGAACAUAGCAUCUCGUUUCAGACUCUCAUCAAUUCUCAGAUUCGUCAAUUGUCAUCUUCGUAUGCAUCAGGAAGUCUCCCGACCACACAAAAUCAACAUAGCAUUUCGUCGAAGACUCUCAAAUUAUAUGUAUUUAAUAUAUAUGUAUAUAUGAUAUCUGUGUUAUUGUCAUCAAAUCAGUACAAGGGAGGCGGACCCAGUAGAGGUGAGCUGAGUAGUCCCUGA